UGUGACUGAAUGAAAACGAUCAUAUUUCGUAGUUCACAUGCUCGUGAUAAAUGCUGCCAGACACCGACGGCAAGCUUGAGCCAUUUCAGCGCGAAUUCAAUUUGGUGACAACCGGCGUGCGAGCUGGUAGGAAUAGUAGGAAAGAAGUUCUGUUGGUGAAUGGAAGUGCCGUCAAGCAGAGAAGUGAAAAUAUUAUUAAAGUUCGAAAAUUAGCUAGAAACAUAUGCAAGAUUUGUAAAUUUUCAACAAAAUGGCAAGAGUGCAGUUUCUUUGGUGCAGUGUUUUGCUUUUAAGUCUCGCUUUGGCGCAAGAUUUCGAGCCUGAACCGUUAGAACCCGAAAUAGUAACAACGAGUGCACCACAAACUACCACCGAGCUGCCCAUAACAACCACUGAGUUCACCACAGAUGCGCCAACAAUUAUUACCACGACAACAGAGAAUCCUGCGCCCGCUACAACAACUACGACAACAGAGCAACCAACAACAACUGCCGAAACACUUACGACUACAACCACUCCUGCCACUACAACGACGACAACAGAGCAGCCAACAACAACAACAACAAGAGUGCCAACUACUAUUCUCCCUACAACGACUACAGAGCAGCCAACAACAACAACAGAAAGACUUACUACUACUACUACUGCCACCACUACGACUACCGCACAACCAACAACCACAGCAAGUCCUACGACCACUACUACUACAACAACAACAGAGCAGCCAGCAUCAUCAACGACAACAACACCAAAAACAACCACUACCACUGCAUUACCGCAAACAACUACUAAGCGCUGGCCCGAUUUUCCCAUAUUUCCAACAACAACUAGUACCACUGCAAGACCAAUAACUACUGCGAGACCAAUAGCUCCUGCAAGACCAACAACUACAAUAAAACAUCCAGGUUAUCCAUCAUAUCGACCGGUAAAUCCUUGGAAACCAUAUGUGCCUCCGUAUCGACCGCAAAAACCAAAUCCCCCUCAGGAGCCACAACAAAAUCGCUGCUACUAUAGAUCGCAUCGCGGGUCGCCAUAUUUACAGUGGAUGUGCGGCAAAUGGCAAUACCAAUACCCAGUGCGUUGCUACCGCUGCUGCCUCUACACCGAUGUCAGCUACGCCAGUUGCAACGAAGUGCAUCGCUCCCACUGCCCAGGUCAGCAGAAUUACAAAACCUACAGCAAUUAUUGGUUGUAUUUCUAAUGGAACCACAUAACUACAUAUAUUUGAAGUAUGUGCAUGUAUUCGUUCAUAUGUAUGUAUAUUUGUAGUUGUAGUUGUAGUAAUGAUUGUAAAAUGAGAUGAAUAGUAGUGCGCAUUUUUUUACUAAUUAUUUUAUAUUUGUUGCGCAAUUUUCAUCAUUUAGUAUUGUUCGCUUGCCUGUUUGUAAAUAAUUUUCGAAAUAAAUGCAAUUCGUUGCUGAAUAAAAAACA